ACCCUGCCUGACGGCCAAGCUCAUUCAUUCCUGUUCUCCCCUGUGCCCCCAGACCCUACCUGAUCACAGCUACAGAAUGGCCUCCAGCCCAGUUGGAGUUCCUAGCCCACAACCUUCUAGAGCCAAUGGGAACAUCAACCUGGGGCCAUCAGCCAACCCAAAUGCCCGACCCACAGACUUUGACUUCCUCAAAGUCAUUGGCAAAGGGAACUAUGGGAGGGUCCUACUGGCCAAGCGCAAGUCAGAUGGAGCGUUCUACGCAGUGAAGGUGCUGCAAAAGAAGUCUAUCUUAAAGAGCAAAGAGCAGAGCCACAUCAUGGCAGAGCGCAAUGUGCUGCUGAAGAACGUGCGGCACCCCUUCCUCGUGGGCCUGCGCUACUCCUUCCAGACCCCAGAGAAGCUCUACUUUGUGCUUGACUAUGUUAACGGGGGAGAGCUCUUCUUCCAUCUACAGCGGGAACGAAGGUUCCUGGAGCCCCGGGCCCGGUUCUACACUGCAGAGGUAGCGAGUGCCAUCGGUUACCUUCAUUCUCUCAACAUCAUCUACAGAGACCUGAAGCCAGAAAACAUUCUUCUGGACUGCCAGGGCCACGUGGUACUGACAGAUUUCGGCCUUUGCAAGGAAUGUGUAGAGCCUGAGGAGACCACGUCCACCUUCUGCGGCACGCCUGAGUACUUGGCUCCAGAAGUGCUUCGCAAAGAGCCUUACGAUCGAGCAGUGGACUGGUGGUGCUUAGGGGCAGUCCUCUACGAGAUGCUGCAUGGCCUGCCCCCCUUCUUCAAUACAGAUGUGGCCCAGAUGUAUGAGAACAUUUUGCAUCAGCCCCUACAGAUCCCUGGAGGCCGGACAGUGGCUGCCUGUGACCUCCUGCAAGGUCUUCUCCACAAGGACCAGAGGCAGCGGCUGGGCUCCAAGGAAGACUUUCUCGACAUAAAGAACCACGUGUUCUUCAGUCCCAUAAACUGGGAGGAUCUGUACCACAAGAGGUUGACUCCGCCCUUCAACCCAAACGUGGAAGGACCCGCUGACCUGAAACACUUUGACCCAGAGUUCACCCAGGAAGCUGUGUCCAAAUCCAUUGGCUGUACCCCUGACACCAUGGCCAGCAGUUCUGGCGCCUCAAGUGCAUUCCUUGGGUUUUCCUAUGCACAGGAUGAUGGUGACAUUUUGGACUCUUGAGAGACAUGCACUUGGAAAGCCACCAAGCCCAGCACCUGUGGGAACUACCUUCUGUUGCACUGAGACCCAAUGAGUCCCGAAGAAGUAAGACACAGAGGCUCAGAGAAGAGGGGAGUGUGUUCCAUCACGUGAAAGAAGAGUUCAGGGCUCAGGCUGGCUGGCUAGGCUCCUAAGUACCCAGCCGUCUGCCGUUCUGACUUGCCCUUCUUGAGAAAUGACUUCUGUGCUUGGUUCUUUGUUUUUGUUUUGUUGU